GAGAGGGGGGCAGGACAUCGAGAGGAUCGCGCGAGCAGCACGGUCACACUGGACUCUCUGUCUAUUCGUUUAUUUAUCUACUCGUUUUAUUUUUGAUUUUUUUUUUUUUUUGUUCUUUAAUUUAAUUUGUUUGAAGGGGUCCGGUGUUGAAACGUGUAUUGUGCGCGCGCGCGUGUAUCGUGCGAGUAUGUGACCGCGUAUGUGUGCGCGCGCGAGUGCGAGUGCGAGUGUGACGGCUCCGUGCAUGCGCGUUUCGGGUGCGUUCUUCUCUUUUUUUUUCCUCGAUGCUGAGGGAUGCAGUGCGGCUCUGCUGAGCGCGGAGGGACGAUGGUGGUGGAGAGCGAUGAGCAGCGGCCGGACAGGGACGCCGCCGCCGCGGCCACGGCCACCGCCACCGCCACGGCCGCGCUGCACCAGUGCCAGCUCCUCCAGAACAUGAUCGAGAUCUCCAUCUCCAGCCUGCAGGGGCUGCGCACCAAAUGCGCCGCCACCAACGACCUCACCCAGCACGAGAUCCGCACCCUGGAGGUGAAGCUGAUGAAGUACAUCUGUAAGCAGCUGCAGUGUAAGCUGAAAGUGCCGGAGACAGACAGGCCGCAGGCUCUGAACAGCUACCCGCGGCUGGGCGACUGGCUGCGCACCAUCAACCUGAGGCCUGAGCUCAUAGAGGCGGUGCCCGUGAAGUUGUCGUUGGAUGCCUUGCUGCAGAUGCCUGGAGCUCAGGUGCGAGAGACCAUGAGGAGGCUGGGCUCCAGUGCAGAGGAGUGCGCCCGGCUCAGCGCUGCCCUCUCCUGCUUAAAGAGUGCCACUGAAUCCGGAGAGUUUAAAGAGGAUGGGGGUUGCUGGUUCUCAGAGCCCACCAGGCGGGACAGCGGUGGCCUGACCCCAGUUGAUCAGCUUCCCUUGCUGGGUGGGCCUGUGCGCCCGCACAGCCCCUCCCCCCUCGCCCGGCCCCCGGCCACGCCCUCCACUCCCCUGGCCCCCUGUCCCCACCCACGCCACAUUCUCCCCCCCGGCGAGGCCCUCAUCUCUCAUGGUUACGCUGACAGCCUGACGGACCCAAGCCCCUACUACUCAUCCCGGCCGGUUCGUCUCCAUGGCCACACCUCCACCCCGCCCAUCACCCCGCCCUCCAAGAGGAGGCACCGCCUAAAACCGCCAUGCACGCCCCCUCCACCGUCUCGCAAAGUCCUCCACCUGCUGCCCAACAUCACCCUCACCCGCAGCAAGAGCCACGAGAGCCAGCUGGGCAACCGCAUCGAGGACCCACCCACCAGCAAGUGUGGGAAGAAGAACAAGCUGUUUCUGAACGUCCAGAUUAACGGCAACGGCUGCGAAGAUUCACCGUCUCGCUCUCCGCUGCUGUCCGCCCGGACGCCUGGGGCAGCUCCUGCCACCGCCCCCUACACCCUGCCCGGCACGCCCACACUGCUGGAGGAGCACAGCGGCCUGAGGAAUAACAUCACAGUCCAUCGCAGCUCUCCUCAGGCUGUGAGGAGGGACAUUGGCCUGGCUGUCACUCACAGGUUCUCCACCAAGUCCUGGCUAUCACAGACGUGUCAAGUGUGUCAGAAGAACAUGAUCUUCGGAGUGAAGUGCAAACACUGCAGGUUAAAGUGUCACAAUAAAUGUACGAAAGAAGCUCCUUCCUGCAGAAUAUCAUUCCUCCCCAUCACAAAGAUCCGGAGGACGGAGUCUGUGCCGUCGGACAUCAACAACCCCGUGGACCGCCCGGCCGAGGCUCCGCAGUUUGGCACCUUACCAAAGGCAAUAACCAAGAAGGAUCAUCCACCUGUGCUGAAUCAGCUGGACUCCAGCAGUAAUCCCUCCUCCACCACCUCCUCCACCCCCUCCUCUCCCGCCCCCUUCCAGCAGAGCAACCCACCCAGCGCCACCCCACCCCCCAACCCCUCUCCCAAGGGUCACCGCGACAACCGCUUCCACUUUCCAGCUGCCUGCUACUUUCAGCAUAGACAACAGUUUAUCUUCCCUGAUGUGUCCAGUUCUAACACUCUGCACCCAGAAGGCCUACCAGACACAGUUAAUGAGAUUGAAGCAUCAGCAGAAGAGCGGCAUGCUGAGCUGGCUGAGCAUGAAGAUGGAGAAGAGGAAGAGGAGGAUGACGAUGCAGAAGCGGAGGAGGAAGACGACCCGGUCGUAGAGGAGGAAGACGAGGAGGAGGACGAGUGCGAAGAGGAGGAGGAGGGUGAGGAGGAAGAGGAGGAGGAGCUGCACGGCGGCUCCGAGGGCGAGUGUGAAGGGGACGAGCUGGAUGACCUGCCGAGCGCACGCGGCGGUCAGCACUGGAAGGGCCCAAUCUCGCGCAAAGCCAGCCAGACCAGCGUGUACCUGCAGGAAUGGGACAUCCCCUUCGAGCAGCUGGACCUGGGCGAGCUGAUCGGGAAGGGCCGCUGGGGCCGGGUGCACCGGGGCCGCUGGCACGGCGAGGUGGCCAUCCGCCUGCUGGAGAUCGACGGCAACAACCAGGACCACCUCAAGCUCUUCAAGAAGGAGGUGAUGAACUACAGGCAGACGAGGCACGAGAACGUGGUGCUGUUCAUGGGCGCAUGCAUGGCACCGCCGCACCUGGCCAUCAUCACCAGUUUCUGCAAAGGCCGAACAUUGUACUCUGUUGUGAGAGACACAAAGAACACACUGGACAUCAACAAGACGAGACAGAUUGCCCAGGAGAUUGUGAAGGGAAUGGGUUAUUUGCAUGCAAAAGGAAUCGUUCACAAGGACCUGAAAUCUAAGAAUGUCUUUCAUGACACCAACAAAGUGGUGAUUACAGACUUUGGCCUUUUUGGGAUCUCUGGAGUGGUUCAGGAAGGAAGGCGGGAGAACGAGCUAAGGCUUCCUCACGGCUGGAUUUGCUACCUGGCCCCGGAGAUUGUGCGCAAGAUGAGUCCCGGCAACAACGAGGAUCGCCUGCCGUUUUCUAACGCUGCUGAUGUCUAUGCCUUUGGCACUAUUUGGUACGAGCUACAAGCAAGAGACUGGCCCAUCACUAACCAGCCGGUGGAGGCCACUAUCUGGCAAGUGGGCAGCGGAGAGGGCAUCAAGAAGGUGCUAGCAGAGAUCAGCUUGGGCAAAGAGGUCACGGAGAUCCUUUCGGCCUGCUGGUCGUACGACCCGCGCGAUCGGCCCACGUUCACUCAGCUUGCCGACAUGCUGGAGAAGCUGCCCAAGCUCAACCGCAGGCUGUCCCACCCUGGACACUUCUGGAAGUCCGCAGAGUAUGUAUCCUAGAGACAGGACAAAGGCGUUGGGAGGCAUGUUGAACGUCACACAACUGGGCUAAACUCCCAAACUGGAUUCUCCCCUUUUUUGGUCCCCGUUUGGUCCAUGGUUGGUGUAUGAGAAACACACUCUGGACUGGCUGUUAGAUCCUAAACUGAGAAAAUACUACAGUCAUGUAGUGUAUUCUGCGAUAGCGCCAUGUUCAGGUUAAUCUCUAUCAAUGAUACACCGAAAUGGGAAUUCUUGGCCAAAACUGAACCCAAAAAGUGGAAAAAGCUGAUGAUAAGAGUUAAAAUGAUCAUGAACAGAGAGCAGUUCAUCAUCCAAAGCAAUGAAUUCAAUUUCUUAGUUAUACUUGCACUUCAGCUCCGUCAUUUGUGGAUUUUUGUCAUUUCAAAAACUGAGGCUACAGAUGAGGCUCGCAGGGACUUUCUGCUUCUGUUUUUUUGCUGUGUUCUCCGAAUUGAGUACGAUGUCAUCUUUUCAAGUGGUAUCAAACCUGUAGUGGAGAAGUUCUCGGUUGUCACUCCCGCCUUUAUAUUCUGCACGAACAGCGAACAAAUUGCUAGUCUAAUAUCUCUCAAUGUCCUUAAUGUUCUGUUUCACAUAGCUGAUAUUUUCACUGUUGAUCUGCUGCCACUCAAACUGUUUGAAUGCAUCAGCACUGACUGAUACAGGACACCGAAGGAAAGAAACAGUGUAUUUAAUCGCUGUUUCUCAUUUUCAUUGCCUUUAAAAUGAUUUUGUUGUAGGCCUAAUUAAUCUUUGUGUUUUUUCAGUCAGAAUUUUCAUCCUUUGACCAUUUUUGGUGGCUGAAAUUUCGGUGCAUCUCUAAUCUCUGUCAAAUUUGAAGCAUUGCACAAUAUGACAGUUUUGUCCAAUGGAAUGAUUUCAGGUCUGUACACAAAGCCCUGAACUGUGGUCAGUCCUAUUCACCGUAUAAGGAAAUUCAACUCCAUUUAAACAUUUUGAAGAAGCAAAAACUG